CGCCGCGUUUGAAGAAAGCGAGUCUGCGGCUGAGCGGAAGAAUUACCAUCCUUACCAUCACCGCCAGGACAAGGAAGAAGUGGAAGAGCACAGUGUGAGAGCUGAUCUUCCCCAAGUUGUGUCUGCUGGCUUGGACACACUGAGUCUGUGUGUGUGGAUGUUUGUAUGGAUGCACUGACAUACAUGCUGAUAUAGGAUCCUGGCCUGAUGGAAAAGAGAGACAGGAAGCCGGGAUAUUUUGCCAGGCUGAAAAGGCGGAGACAGCUCAAGCAGAGCCCAUCGGAGAAGAAUGAGCAGAACCCGGCGAUCAUCUCCUGUCCAGACGUCCCGAAUGACAGCGAUCCAAACAAGACGACAGACCUGCAGAGAGUAACGGCAAAGGCACCUGCAGGUUUACACGAUGGCUGUAAAAGCAACAAUCAGCCAAAGAUGGAGAAGAAGAGGCCACCGGGGACGUCGGAGUUCACCGUCGGACCUGAUGAUUCCCUCAACAGCAUCGCGCUCAAGUUCAACAUCACCCCAAACAAACUGGUUCAGCUGAACAAGCUGUUCUCUCGCAGCGUCUACACCGGUCAGAAGCUUUUUGUCCCUGAUAUGAGCCAAUCAGAAGCCGAGCUAAAGUCUCCGAGCUCCUCUGAGCCCUCCUUCACUAAUGGCUUGUCUGACAAGUCAGCACAUGAUGUCAUUCCAAACUGCAGGUCAGCCAAGUCCAUCCGGCGUGAGUGCUCACCAAACUCCGAGGACGAGAGCCCGGCAACGGUUAAAUUCAUUAAGAUGAGCUGCAAAUACUUCACCGAUGGCAUGGGCGUGGUUGGAGGCGUGCUGAUCGUGACGCCCAACAACAUCAUGUUCGACCCGCACAAGUCGGACCCCCUGGUGAUCGAGCACGGCUGCGAGGAGUACGGCCUCAUCUGCCCCAUGGAGGAGGUCGUCUCCGUCGCACUGUACGACGACGUGUCGCGAAUGAAGCUCAAAGACGCUCUCCCAUCAGACCUACCCCAGGAUCUGUGUCCUGUCUACAGGCCCGGCGAGUGGGAGCAGCUGCCGUCCGAGCGGGAGUUAAACCCCUUCAGCCGCUAUGAAGCUCUGGAUCCCAAACGACCGAUAGUUUUGGAUGACAUUGAAUCAACCCUCUCUGAAACUGUGAGUACGGAGGGCGAUCCUACUGAGAAAUCUCCCUCAGAUGAAGGAUUUACCGACCUGGAGCCGACUGUCAACAGCAGCACGGAGGAGGCAGAGGGGUCGUCCUCCAAAACACCCAGCGCCCCCAACAGGGACCAACGUGAACUCCUCGGACCGAGCUGUCCGGGCCGGGGAGACUUUCAGGACAAGUUAAUGCUCAGCCAAUCCGAAGGGAAGCUGGACGAUGAAGAGGACGAAGGCGUAGCUCAGAACAGCUCCAUCGAGGACGGAGAGUCGAUACAGUCCUCCUCAGAGACUGAAAAACAGGGUAACUUGCAUGAUAAGCCUAAAAGCCAAGAGGCAACCGAGACCAAAGAUAUCAAAUCUAAAGGAACCGACGAGCUGCUAAAUAGUGUAGAAGAUGAACUAAUCGGUGCGCCAGAGGACCAAAACAGGGAGUCGAGCCUGAAGGAGGCUUCAGAGGUUCGUGGGAGGUGUAGUCCGAAGAGACAAAGCCCAGACACACCAGCAGAGGGGGAAGAACUCAGCGAGGAGGAGAGGCAGAAGAAAAACUACGAGGCAGAGAUGAAGUCCUGGCUGCUGGAGAGGAUGCAGACUCCAAUAGAAGACAUGCUGUUCUCAUCAGAGGAGAAGAGCAAAAACCCUCCCAUGUUCCUCUGCUUCAAGGUGGGAAAGCCCAUGAGGAAGUCCUUUGCCACCGGCAUGACCUCGAGUCCCGCCCACUCGUUUGGGAGCCGAGGGAAGCAGCCAGAGUAUUGGUUUGCUGUGCCGCAGGAAAGGGUGAACGAUCUCUACGCCUUCUUCGUCCAGUGGUCUCCGGACGUGUACGGGAAGGAGGCUCGGGAGCAGGGCUUCGUAGUGGUGGAGAAAGACGAGUUGGACAUGAUCGAUAACUUCUUCAGCGACCCGGCGUCGUGCAGCUGGGAGAUCAUCACCAUUGAUGAGGCGAAGCGUCGGCAGAGUUUCGGCAGCUGUGACGGAGACUUGUCUGUGGAUGCGCUGCCCAUGCUCAGCGACACGAGUGAUCUGCUGCAGGACACGCACAUCGAGAAGCUGGCCUGCCGCCUGCCUGCCCGUGUGCAGGGCUAUCCCUGGAGACUGGCCUACAGCACAGUGAAACAUGGGACCAGUCUGAAGACUCUGUACAGGAACCUGGCGGAUGUGGACAGUCCUGUGCUGCUGGUCAUCAAAGACAUGGACAACCAGAUAUUCGGGGCGUUUUCAACUCAUCCCUUCAGAGUGAGCGAGCACUGCUACGGCACCGGAGAGACGUUCCUCUACAGCUUCUGCCCUGAAAUCAAGGUGUACCGCUGGACAGGAGACAAUUCCUACUUCGUGAAAGGCAAUACUGAUUCUCUACAGAUGGGAGGAGGAGGCGGUCAGCUGGGCCUGUGGCUGGACGCCGAGCUGUACCGAGGCACCACCACCAAAUGUGCCACCUUCAACAACCAGCCGCUCUCCUCGCAGCAGGACUUCAGCAUCCACAGUGUGGAGGUCUGGACCUUCGAGUAGCCUCGUCCGCUCCAGCUGCUUCCACGUUCACUGUCCAGUCCACUACCCAAACCUUAAACCACCUCCCCCAAGUCUAUUACGCACCACUUGGAGGCUCGCCACCCACUAAAGACACUAAAUGAUCUGUGAGACGGAAGCAGCCCGUGGAUUUUGUUCACCGUGUCGGCCGACGGAGCCGAGACGGCAGCAGGGCGGCCGGGAAGGUUAUGACGACCAUUAAAAGACGGAAGAAAAUGUGUUUCCUCUCAGUUCAUUGGCUGCCUUAGACAUCCGACGACACGUCCAGCUUUCCCAGCAUGCAGACUGCCUUACCACCACAAGCUUACGAGGACAGAAGAAGAAGCCAAUCAGCAGACGGAGCUGUUGCUGUUAUAGAAAGAAGAGCAGAAAACGACGUCUGUGUCCGAGAAUCCCACGAUGCUGUAGGUUUGUUUGUGCAAAAAAUGAGGGUCGAUGUAAUUUGUAUGUUUCGGGAAUGUAUAGAAAUUUGGAAUGAUAUCUUUUUUUACGUCACGAUGAACUUGAAACUUGAAGGAAAGUGGAACUUGCCAGAGAUGAUUUUUAGAGUCUCCGCCAUCAAAUUAACUGUCAACGUGGGCAAUUGUUUACAACGGAGGUGUUCACUCCCCCCCCGGAGCACUUCCCCCCAAAAAGCUGUCUCGUCCUGUUUCUGUGAGUUUUAGAUGAAAUGAAUGAGUCCCAUUGCAUCUUCACGUCCGUUUUCCUUCCCCGUACAAUCCAGAACCACACGGCAGAACCAGGAAACGUAUGACCAAAUAUGCUCGUCUUAAUUUCAUAUUUGUCCUAAACUCCUCAUAUUUUCUAAAGUAUUUUAGAUUUUUAUUUUUGCAUUUUAUUUUUACAAAGAAUGUUCAGUUGGUUUUUUUUAUGAUUGCUGUUCUGUUUUUUUUAUGGAAAUGUGCUAAAUACUUCAGUUGACUCGUGUCAGUAUUGAACCCACAUCCCACCCCGACUCAUUUUAUCCUCCACUUCUUUUUAUUAGUGGUCAUCGUUGUUCAAGACGUUCAACAUGAUGUCACUUUGCACUACAGGAUUAAUCCAAGCUGUGUCGUGGCCCUUUGUAAUUAAGCAUUUCUUCGAUGUAAAAUCGUUACUGAAUGUUGUUUAAUCUUUAUUACUGCGGGAGGGAAGCUGCCUGUUGAAGCGCAGGUCAACCUCUGUUUAAAAAAAAAAAAAAAAAUGGAUGGAAAAGGGAUCAUCUGUUUUUGCACUCUGAUACGCCACUAACUAAACAUUCAGAUCUACUAACACGGAAGAGAAAUGUUCAUUGAUAUCCUUGCAUACAGGCUUGUAGUGCAUGAAUGUGCGGCACUGCAAACGUCUGACACCACUGGGAAUGAUACCCGCCAUACUCGUCACUAAUGCCAGUUAUCGCUUCAUGUGAAAAUGAGCUUUGUCGUCUCCAGCUGUUCUGUGUUGUAACUGUGAAUGCUCCCCAAGUAUUAUUUCUUGUGAAUCCAAAACUACUGUGUUCUGUGAUGUCACUAAGAAUCUAUUUAUUGUAUUGUUAUUGCAUUUAAACCUAAAUAAAUGUUAAAUAUAUACGUAUAGAA